AUGUACCAGCGGCUGCUUCUCCCUCAUGGUACUCCACGAAAUGGCUACCAGCGCCUGCAUACGGCUCUGUUGCAUCAAGGAUUCGUAAGAAGUGUCCUGUCUAGAUCUCGGAUUGAUGCUGGCGGUUCCGCCGUGCAGUCAUCUGCAGGCCGUCGUCUAGCAACGGCCUCCGAAGGCCACGAAGUCGGUGCCGAGGAAAGUGGGCCACCGCGGUCUGUGCUGGUGGGUAACAAUGGAGUUCACCGACCCACUCAUGAGUGCGCUGAUGCCGGGACUAAGCAGGCAUAUCGCUACGUCAUGGAGAACCAUAGCCGCCUCAGCCUGUAUGCUAUGUGCGGUCUCGUCGAACGGCUCUCCCAGGCGAACCUGGACGAUUCAAACGUGACGAACUUGCUGCGGUUGAAGUUGCUCGAGAAUUUGGCUGAGGUCACAUCGCCGGUUGUCAUGGGCCGCGUGCUCUACCUGUUGAAGAACUGCUCGUCGAUGGACCGCGACUUCUUUGUGAUGAUCACGAACCAUAUUUAUCGCAACAAACUAUAUCCUUCCGGUGACGUUCCAAGGCUGUGGUGUCGUUACUUCAAGUUCAUCGGUGGCAAUCGGCUCUAUCACAAGGCGUUGUUGGACGUACUGUGCAGGGAAUUCUCUGAGUACGUCCUUAGGUACCUAGACCAUGAACUACCGCCCUACCCACGCCGUAUGCAGGAAUCAGUUGCAAUCGCAGCGUGGGCGCUCGCUAUAACGGCGCCUGAUAUGCCCCUGGACGGGCUGUUUGAGCGUAUGCUGCAGUUCUGCAGUUUACCCGGGAUAGAUCGCAGCGUUGUCAUUCGGGUGUUUUGGGGCGCAGCCGUGCGUAGCACGUGCCUCGACCGGAUUGACGUCUCUCUUAUCGAGCGGUUGUGGGAGGAAACGCUGUCAGAGCCCAGCGCGGGUCUACGCCGAAAAUCGCACCUGCACCAACUCUACACGAUUUUGAGGUGCUUGAAGUUGGGGGGCAUUGAAGAAAAUUGCCUCACAGACCGCUGUCUCGAGGCUUUACAUGGGCUACGUUACGGUCACAACGAUUCUAAGAUUUCCACGAGCCAGAGGUACGUGUCGGACGUGCUGGUUCGGCUUGGCGUUCCCCACAAGGUAGAGCUUCUGACCCCUGAUCUGUUGAGCAUAGACAUCGCAAUAGAAGGUUACGGCGAGAAAAUCGCUCUCGAGGUGGACGGUCCGCUUCACUUCACGUGCGUCUGCGAUGCCGCCGAGGCAUGCGCGCCAAUGCGGACCGGCCCCACCCAGAUGAAACAGGCUUUCCUGAAAUCGAAUGGAUGGACUGUUCUCUCAGUACCCCCAGUGAAGCUCGACGAUAGCGUGGAUCUGAGCGCCGCAAUCGCCUCAGUGGACACCUACUACAAGCGCCUACUCCUUGGUUCCGGCAGCCCCUACCUGAGGCGUGUGCUGGCGUAG